AGUGGGCUCUUUGGGAUGAAGCUGAACCUCUGUUUCCCAGCCACUGGCUGCCAGAAACUCAUUGAUGUGGAUGAUGUUUGCAAACUCCUCACCUUUUCUGAGAAGCGUGUGGCCACAGAAGUUGCUGCUAAUGCUCUGGGCGAAGAAUGGAAGGGUUCCGUGGUCCGAAUUACUGGCGGGAAUGACAAGCAAGGUUUCCCCACGAAGCAGGGUGUCUCCACCCAUGGCUGUGUCCACCUGCUACUGAGAAAGGGGCCUUCCUGUUCCCGGGCAAGGAGGACCCGAGAAAGGAAACACACAUCUGGGUCAAGUGGCACCGUGGAUGCCAAUCUGAGGGUUCUCAACCUGGUCAUUGUGAAAAAAGCGGGGGAAGGAUAUUCCUGGAGUCAAUGGUGUUACUUAUCUCGUCAUCUGGGACCCUAAAGAGCUGGCGGAAUCCACAAACCUUUCAGUCUCUCUAAAGAAGAU